AUGGAAGAUGGAGGUGGGCAUCCGCCAAGUACUAAGACGGCCGACGAUGGGCAACUUUCAGGGAGAGCACGAUCGGGCAGCGCCAGCAGCGCCCACAGCCACAAACGAAGCCUGUCAGGGACGUUACUGUCGAAGUUGUCGUUUCUGCGGAUGAGCCAAGUGACUGAGGGAACCGCGCCCAAAGACCAGUCCGGCCUCGAUGGCGACGGCAGCGGUGAUGUCAGCCCUGGGUCGAGGAGCGGAAGAGCCAUGGCGACAGCCAUGCAGCACCAGAGAAAGAUGCGGAGGAGGCGGGGCUCGCUGAGGAAGACGGCACUACUGGGCACACGGCUUGAGUCCAAAGAAAAGAAAAGUCCCUCCGCCAGGAGCCAGGAUACCUUCCACGGGGAGUCGAGUGGUUACGGCGCUGGCGCUGGCUCUCCCCAACGAUCGCCUAUCAGUCCUACUUCCCCAGACAACGAGAUCACCCCGCGGGGCAGUAUCGACUGCGAUAAGUCCAAUUCUGCUCCCUCCUGGCCUCGUCAGCGUCCUGCGUUGAAUGUAUCUACCUCUCACCAUCAGCAAAACCUUAACCCUGCCAGUCCCAGCUUGGGUGACGAAACGACCACGGAUGACGAAGAAGGGGUGUCAUUACCGCGCCUCAACAAUCCAAUCUACCCCCGCAAUUCCUCCGGCAGCAGCAGCAACGGUGCCUCCUCUGGCAUGCCUGUUCCCACCCCUUCGUCGAGCUCGGACUCGUACUUCCCUAUCCAGCCCGACACCAUGGCGAGACAGGUUCGAACCACGCAUCGCGCUCGGUCCCCGCUCGCAACCCAUUCGGUGGAAAUGGCGAACCAGGAGGGGUGGGAUUAUUCCGAGACGGAAUGGUGGGGGUGGAUCAUCUUGAUCGUUACGUGGCUCGUGUUCGUCAUUGGCAUGGGGAGCUGCUUUGGGGUCUGGAGCUGGUGCUGGGACGUCGGAGAGACCCCGUAUGCGCCUCCGGAGCUCGAAGACGAUCCCACUCUCCCCAUCGUUGGAUACUACCCAGCCCUGAUGGUCUUGACGGCGGUUAUGGCAUGGGUGUGGGUGGUGGUCGCGUGGGUGGGGAUGAAAUACUUCAAGCACGCAAAUAUCCCUGGCGACGACGGGUGA